UCCGGCGCCGAAACACCGACAGACACUCAGACGAAAGAGCCAUGGCGGCCACGGGUGGAGGGAAAAUUAGAAGCCGGAGAUAUCACAUCGCCUCUAAACCUUACGCCAAGAGUAAACAGCAGCAGUCAGGCCUUAUCAGUCGAGUGACAGACACAGUGAAGAGCAUCGUUCCCUCCUGGCUGCAGAAAUACUUUAAGAAUGAAGAUGCUCCUGAAGGAGGAGGGGCUGUACUGGGGACAGAGCAGAAUUGCCAGCUGCCGCCGCCUCCUCCUAAUGGCAGCGAAGAGGGGCCGCCUCCCCUUGAUGGACGCGACUCCCCGGAGCCAAGCACCAGUAACACAGAGCCCUCAACCAGCCGGGCAUCCCUGAACUUUCAGGACUUUGUGCUUUCUCGACCUCCUCUGAGUCGCUCCCACCUCCACUUUCCCCCUCUUGAUGCCUCCUCCCCGACCCUGGGGGCUUCCAGCAGCCUCUUCUCUCAGCCCUCCACCUCCUCAGCCCCUGGGCCUUUUUCCACGGGUUUCUCCUUGGUCAAAGAAAUCAACCUCUCGCAGCAUGAAGAUGAUAACAUCUCCACCACUAGCGGCUUCUCCUCACGCGCCUCUGAUAAAGAUAUCCCCACUUCCAAAACGGCUUCACUUCCCCAACUUUGGUCUCCAGAGACAGACAGAACAAACUCUGGGCCUCAGCCUGCCCAGUCCAGUCUGAAAAGGCCUGCUUUCAACCUGUCUGUAUUUGGAACUUCCUCCAAUUCCACAUUCAACAACACAAUGUUAAACUCCAGCCAGCUUGGAGAUUCACCCUUCUAUCCCGGGAAGACCACAUACGGUGGUGCUGCUGCAGUCAGGAACGCUCGCACUCGUCCUGGAACACCGUACCAGGCCCCGGUGAGGAGACAGAUCAAGGCCAAACCUGCAGGUGCUCAGCCCUGUGGGGUGACCAGCGCCACAGCCAGACGCAUCCUGCAGUCCUUGGAGCGCAUGUCGAGCCCUCUGGCUGAUGCCAGGAGAAUCCCAGCAGCAGCAGCGUCAUCCCCCCUGUCACCAUCAAUGGAUGGUACAAAUCUAGAUGUUUCACAUUUCCAGUCGAAAAAGAAACGAAUGGAUUCUAGCCUCCCACCGGUGCAGAAGCUGGUGGUUCCCGCUGCAGCAUCUGUGUCAGGAAACCGCUCUGUGUCCUUCAGGCCUACUCUGACUCCUGGAGGAAUAAGCCGACCUCUGGACAGGACCCCAAGAGAGAUGCCCACAAGACAAUCACCAAAACUACCUGAAGCAACCCCAGGUCCAUCUCAAAGCACAAUGGGCUCCAGUGUCCCAGUCUAUCCUCUGUCCAGCACGCCUGUAGCCAGCAGCGUGAGCUCUGGAGGUGGCAAGAUGAAGAGAGAGAGGACCACUACACGGCCUUCCUCUAAACGCCCUGAGGAGGAAGAGGUGGCUGAGGUACCAGACCUUCCAACAAUUUCACUUCCCAUCAGCACCUCCGCCUUGCCCACCUUCAGCUUCACCUCCCCUCUUCCACCUCUGACCACCAUCAGCAACGCCCCCAAUGUCACACCUGUGACCCCCGUUAAGGAAACAGUCACAAAUAAGGAGCCACUAAUGGCCUCAACACCUCCCUGUGUACCUUUUACAUUUUCCUCCCCUAUUGUCAAAGCAACUGCUGCUAGUCCCCCUUCAUUUUCCCCCUCAGCUGGUUUCACUUUUAGUGCCCCUGUAGCAAAGUUAGGUCCCUCCAUGUCAAACGGGAAGCUGGCCACUCCCAUGGCGGCAACAGCAAAGCCUGCAACAAGCAAAAGCACAGAAGAUUUUGAGGGACCGUUCAAGCCAGCCAAGACCCUGAAGCAGGGUAGUGUCCUGGAUCUUCUCAAAGCACCUGGCUUUGCCUCUCCCGUUGCUCGGACUUCCCCAGGCCCAGACAACACUCCGCAACAGACCUCCACACAGUCCACUACUCCCUCCACCUCCACCACCACAACCACCUCCUCUCUCUCUUCUUCAACAGGGUUUGGAGGUUUGUUCAAAGCCCCACCAGGCUGGAGCUGUGAUGUGUGCUUGGUCGAGAACAAGCUAUCAGACACCAAGUGUGUGUGCUGUAUGACCCCACAGCCCAGUUCCUCCUUAUCCAAAUCUAUAGACAGUAAACCUUUGACCACCUCGGCUGAGCUAGAGAGCAGCACGAACACCACCUCCACCACUACAACCACCACAGGUUUUGGCACAAUGUUCUCCAAACCUUCAGGAACUUGGGACUGUGAUACCUGUCUUGUUCGAAACAAACCUGAUGCAGUAAAAUGUGUGGCCUGUGAAACGGCCAAACCGGGAACUGGACUCAAACCUUCACUGACUCUUCCUUCUGCCUUCUCAGCUGUUAAGACUGUAUCCAACCCCACAACCCCCAUUUCUACUGGGUUGACCGGAAUUGGAGACAAGUUCAAAAAACCUGAGGGUGCAUGGGAAUGUGAUACGUGUAUGGUAGUAAACAAGGCAGAGGACACAAAGUGUGUGGCCUGUAUGAGUGCUAAACCAGGAGCAUCAGCAGGAGUCUCUUCUUCAGUCAGCAGUGCUCCAAUGUUUGCGUUGGGAGAUGCGUUCAAGAAGCCAGAGGGUGCCUGGGAUUGUGAUGUCUGUCUUUUACAGAAUAAGGCUGCUGAUCUACAGUGUGUUGCCUGUCAGGCAGCCAAACCUGGAGCUAAUUUGGAGCCCAAAGCUUUUGGUUCGUCUUUUGGUUCAUCAGCUGGUGGGACCACAGGCUCUUCUACCUCUAGUUCUGGAGGUUUUAAGUUUGGCACAUCAGACAGUACCUCGGGAGGUUUCAAGUUUGGAGGUUCAUUGUCAGAGUCCUCCUCUUCUUCUUCGUCAGGUGGAUUCAAAUUUGGAGUCCCGUUUGGAAGCUCCUCAUCAGAAACCACUUCUAAAGACACUACUGCUUCUUCAGGGUUCAAAUUUGGCAGCUCAUCUGAGGGCUUUAAAUUUGGGGCUGCUUCUAGUGAUGACAAAAAGUCAGACCAACCUGCUGCAGGUACUGGGUUUAAGUUUGGAUCCAGUGGUGGGAUAAUGUUUGGAACUGGAUCAUCUAACACAGAAAGUAACGCCUCUAAGGGCGGCUUCACCUUUGGACUGUCAAAACCUGAAGAAAAAACAUCAGACACCACCACCACCACCACCUUAUCCUCUGUUAGUUUCACUCCUCCUGUUUCCUCUCAAGAGAAGAGUGACAGUGUGGCAUCAUCAAAUGACACCACAUCGACAAACACAAACUCCACCACCACAACUACCACCACUGGGUCUGUAUUUGGGAGAUUGGGCAAACCAAGUUUGGCAACCACCACACCACAACGUGACUCUAUGUACCUUACAGUCUCCGAACAGUUAGACGAUGAUCCUAUAUUUACCUUUGGGAAGCCAGAGGAAAAGAAGGAAGCCGCUGCCUUCCUCUUUGGUUCUGCUGGUAAAGAUGCAGAUUCUGCACCAGCCGCUUCAGGAGGAUUUUCCUUCGGCAAGCCCAGCGCUGCAACAGAACAACCUCCACCUGCGUUCAGUUUCGGAAAGCCAGCAGACAAGAGUGAAACAUCGACUGCAGAGGCCCCAAAGCCCGCUUUUUCCUUUGGACAAAGUGCUACAGAUUCUUCUGCUGCUCCAAAACCAGCAUUUUCCUUUAUGGCUAGUAAUCCCACUAAUCCCACCAACUCCACCAACUCCACCACAUCAUCAUCUUCCUCCAUCCCGGCCCCCAGUCUGUUUGGCGGCAUCACCACCACCACCACCACCAGCAGUAGCAUCAGCAGCUCCACUCAGGCUCCAGCUCCUUCUGCUGCCCCCAACACUUUCAUGUUCGGUCAACCUGCUGCAGCCUCCAGUGACGCUCCUCCAGCUAAAGCAGCUUUCGUGUUUGGCCAGGGGCAGGACAGCCAGCCGCCUGCCCCGUCAGCUGCCCCUCUGAACUCCACUUCAGCUCCAGCCCCAGCUCAGCCCUUCAUCUUUGGUGCUCCUGCCAGUGCUGCUCCUCCUCCUGCUGCCGCUCCAUCCUUUGGUUUCGGAGCCGCAGCACCCCCUGCUGCUUCAUCUUCAGCUCCGUCUGCAGCUCCCUCUCCAUUUGCAUUCAGCUCAGCCCCCUCUGGUGGAUUCGGGGCCAACCCGACUCCUUCAUUUGGCUCAUCUUUCGGGUCCCCUUUCACAGCCACGCCUUCCCAGACCCCGGCCUUCGGAGCCAAACCCAACGCUGCCCCUGUCUUCGGUCAGCAGGCCAACUCCACCGCUGUAUUUGGGGCAACUAAUAAUUCUGCACCAGGUGGAGGCUUUCAGUUUGGAGGAGCCAGUGCAUUCGGAGCCACAAACAACACCUCAGGUGUGUUUACUUUUGGAGCGGGAUCAGCAGCAUCUCCUGCCCCCUCUGCCAACACCUCCAUUGCGCCCCAGUCAGGAACACCUGGAGGUGGAUUCAACUUUGCACAACCCCCCGCAUUCAACAUUGGGUCAACAAAAACCUUCACAGCUUCUCCAGCUGGACAGCCAGCAAUUCCCGGGCGGAAGAUCAAGACAGCGGUGCGACGCAGAAAGUAGAGCCCUGUGGACUCGACUAUAAAGUAGACUUGACUUUGACUUGACUGUAUCCCCCACUGAAUAAAGUCCUGGAAGGUCUUAACUAGACAAACACUGAAAUUACUUGGCAUGUGAAGAAGGGCCGAGGCCACUCUGUGCUCGGGCUGGACGGGUGGGAGCGUAUUUUAGCUGGGCUGAUUAUUCAAGAGGUUUCACAUAGUAGACCGGAGCCGUUAAUAUGUGAGACCAUCCCACAGGACUUACCAUGAAAACAAAAACUGUUGACUUGAAUAAUGACAACAUAAUGACACUGACUUAGAAAACAACAAUCAAGCAAGGACCCCUGCUGAACAUGACGAAAAAAACAAGCAAGACAGUCAUAUCUAUAUUUUCAACACCGGCAAAUGUCUGCUAGACUUUAGGCAUGACUUUUUGUAAUAAAAUUACAAAGGCAAAAACCGC